GAUUUCCAAGCACGCGUCGUCGUUCAGAAGGUUUCCCAGUCAUACGGCAGCUCGGAGCAGCAUGAGAGGAGGCUUCAAGAUGCUGCCACAUGUGAGGAGGUUCACACAGCUGGCACCUGGGGCCCGAUGAGGAUCGGAUAUGAGAUGGUCGACAUCGAUUCGGUUCCAUCCGAUCUGGUGGAUUUGGUAAACCAGACUGUGAUGGCACGAGCUGUGGCUUACUGGUCUUCGGUGCUGCAGGUUCGUCAGGCCCAGAGCCCUCUGAAGAUGGACCGCAUCGGCACCGGCUGCUUCAAAUAUGGCUUCGACACGGACUGGCGCUGCAGCGGUAUGCAAAGUCCAACUUGCGGUUUGAUGACCAUUCCAGACAAGUACCUGCGAAGCAAGCGAGCCUGCCAGGAAGUAUGCGGACCGCGCUGCACUGGAAGCUGUGUGCAAGGAGGCAGCUGCGCCUGUGACGUCGACGAAUGGCUGGUGCAACAAGACAAUUACUGCUGCUACUUAACACCACAAGCUGGAUGUCCAAGCGACUGCUCGCUCGCGAACGCGACACAGGUGAGCAACGACGCUUCUGGUGGCUUUGUUUGUGAGGGGGGGUGUGUUGAUGCACCAGAAGGUGAAGGAGCCGUGGGUGAAGAUCUCCACGUAUUUGUGAAGAUUGAAGAUUCAGCGGAGUGCCAAAGUUCGUCUACUCUGCUGGCUUAUGCCAUUUCCUGCGGUGUUGACCAGUGUGACCGUCCUGUGUUUGGGUUUAUCAACUUCUGCCCAUCACAGCUGUCCACGUCGCCCGAUGACCUGAGCGAAAUGAUUUCCACUGCCCUGCAUGAGUUGGCGCAUGUGCUCGUCUUCAGCAACGAGCACUUCCGGAACUUCCGCAAUGCCGAUGGAACCCCAAUGAUUCCCAGGGGAGCGGAAGAUCCAAGGCUAUACCAAGACGAGGUUCGAUAUUCGUGCAGUGCCGACUCCUUCCUCUGGAAUGAUACAGGCGGCAGCCGCAGGUAUGUGGAUCUUAGUCCGGACAUCCUUGACACAUUCGACGAGCGGGGCUACAGCUGCCAGUGCCCGAUCGGCACGCCAAGCCUCAAUCCAGGAUGCUUCUACCCCGCUGGUGCACCAUAUCUGCAGAUGCCAAGCUGCGUGGUGCGACUGAAGACACCGACUGUUCUCCGCGAGGUCAGGGACUUCUUUGGUUGUCCGACCCUCGCCGGUGCAGAGCUAGAGAAUCAAGAAGGCAGCGGUUGCAGCAUCAUUAACAGUCACUGGGAGCAGAGGGUCUUCACUUCCGAGCUGAUGGCGCCCGCGUCUUCGGAGCACCUGAUUGACACCUACGUUUCCCGAGUCAGCUUAGCCGUCUUCCAAGACUCUGGUUGGUACAACGCUAACCUCUCUGCUGCUGAUCCCUUGAUUCCCGGCGUCCACUGGGGCUACAAGCAGGGCUGCAACUUUGCAACGGCAAAGUGUGUGGAUGGUGGGACACCCGUUUCUCCUCACUUUUGCAGCAGUUCAGCAGAUGUAUCGUGUUCGUUGGACAGGAAAUCCGUUCUGGGUUGCGACAUUCAGCUUCUGGAUUCAGUUCCGCCAGUGUACCAGUACACGCCUGACAACGGCCUGGGCCGUUUGGCCGCAGCUGACUACUGCCCACACUAUGCCGUGCGUUACGUGAAUCGUGUCUGCUCCAACAAUGAAUCAGUCACCGUGCCAUACGGCAAUGUCAACUUCAUGAAGGAAGUCUUCUCGACGGAAAGCCGGUGCUUCAUGAGCACACUACACCAAGAUGUUCCAGCUGACAACGGAGGGACAUUCGUGGCUUCGCCAGAUGAUUUUGUCAACGAGAGGCCGGUCUGCUACAAAGUGGCCUGCGUUGACGGAGGGCAAAGCUAUCAGCUCCAGGCAGGUCAGAAGCUGUUCCUUGGUCGAAGUGCGAUCACUGUGGCACAAUCACUUGCGCGGCACCGGCUCAGGUUUGCAGUGACUUGUCGUCGCGACAUGUUCUCGGAGAUGAGUGGAAGCAUGCGCCGGCACAAGGAGAAGCUUCUUGAUCACCACAACCGGCUCUACCCUUACAUCAACUUCUGUGGCUUCCGAUUCGGACGAAUUAGCUGCGGCCGGGCGGUCGGCCGGAAUGAUGGUUGCCCCGUAGGCACAAUGCCCAUGCCGGGUCUCUUUCAGUGGCUGACGGCUGGCUCAGCUUCUGAGAAGCUGGGGAUGAAAGAGCGCGAGUCUUGCCGCCUUGCCCUGAUGAGUUUCGACCUCCUCUGGGCGGAGAGUGGCCAGGCCUGGGACCGGUUCUCCCAGGUCAAGGGGUACCACGAAGAGGCGGGAUAUCCGAUGCAGCCGGAGGGCACCACCAACCUCUUGAAGGAGGUUCUGCGUCAGCUGGACGAAGACAAAUCUCACCGGGAACAAGACAUGGAGAAGCUGAAGGCUGAGGUGUACUCGCAACAGGCCAUCCUGAAAGACCUGGCGCAGACUCUUCUGGGUGGCACCUUGGAAGAGGCCUUGGGGAAGAUUCGUGAAGACGUCUCCUCGCACAAGGAGCAGCUGGACCUCCAGGCCAGAGCCCUCCGAGAGGGCCUCUUGGACUUGGCCGGCCUCAAGGCCGCGGGGCCGAGGCAGGAGGAGCAGACUCGGAGGCUGCUUGGCGAGCUGCGCGAGGAGAUCUCCAUGCAGAUUCCGGGUGUCAAGGCCUCCUGCGAGGCUGUGGCACAGGAGUUUGCUGCAAGAGCUGCAGAGGACAGUGUAGCCUCGAAGCGGCAUGCCGAAGCGCUUUGCGAUCAGUUGAGGCAGCAGGUGGAGAGAUCGCAGGAGGCUGAGGCCAAGAAGCUGGAGCAGCUGGUGCAGGCGAACAAUCGCCGAAUCGUAUCCUUGUGUUUCUUGCAUGUCCUGGCCAUCAGCGAUGCCGCAGGCCGCGCAGAGACAGGUCGAUGUUCUCGAUGA